AUGGCACGUGCUCCUGAUAAGAUUAAGUCGAUUGAUGGAUCAAAAGAAACUCUGAAACUUGCUGUAAGGAUCAUUGAUCUUUGGUUCAUUGGGAUCCCCAGCAAGUCCAAACAGGCUGAAAUGGUUAUUGUUGAUUCUAAUGGAGAUGAAAUCCAUGUUGUUUGUAAACAAGAUCAGCUGCAGUCUUGGAAGGCUGAUUUGAAGGAAAAUUCUACUUAUGUCAUGCAUAAUUUUAAAGUGCUGAAGAAUGAUGAUCAAUUCAGAGUCUGUGAUCAUCCAUAUAAAUUAGCUUUUACUGGAUUUACUGUUGUUAGGCCAUCCGAUUUGGAUUCCCUUCCUUUUAGGAAACUUAAAUUUGCUGAUUUUUCUAAUGUCAUUGCCGGUGAUUUUCAAACUGGCCUGUUUGUUGAUAUUAUUGGUGUGGUUGAUGAAGUGGUGUUCUGGCAUGUCUCCUCAAAUAAUACCAGGGUUGUUUUCAAAAUCAAGGACUUGAGUGGCCAAGUGCUAUCUUGCCCUCUUUGGGAAAAUUACUGCUUGCAGUUCUUAGCUAACUUGAAUGACUUUGAAGAUGCUACGCCCAUUGUUAUCCUUUUGACACAUGUCAGAAUCAAAGAAAGGCAGGUGAGUAAUUCUUUGAAAGCUUCAAAACUAAUGAUCAACAAACUUGUGUUGGAAAUACAAGAGUUCAGUGAGAGGCUUUCUGAUUCAGGAAUUGAGGUCAAAUCAGUUUUGGCUCCUCCUGGCCAAACUAGUUCAGAACUUUCAGGAUCGAGUUAG